AGGUGCUAUUGCUGUGCUGCAAAGUACUGGAUUCGCGUUUAAGGUUCACUCUGUGGUCUCGGCUUUGACAUGUGAUUUGAUACCGGACUCGUUCGGGGGACUUUGUUGGAAAACACCAGAGACCACUCGAUGAGGCUCCCUCCCUCCAGAUCCGUCUUUUGCUUGCCCCUGCAGCCCCUCCCAGUGGUGCUUCUGAACGACUGCAAAGCGAAAGCGGCUUGGAAAGGCCUCUCUCUUCCUCCCGGCGCUGCAAGACAACCUCACGUCCGGCUCUUGGAUGGAGCCGGGCUCGUCGAUGGCCGGGGCGGAGGCGGGCGCCUGUUGCCGCGGGCUGUUGCUGCGGCGGCCUCGUAUCAUUCUUUUCGGAGACUCCAUCACGGAGUUUUCCUUCCAAGAAAAUGGAUGGGGAGCGUCACUUGCCCACAGACUGGUUAGAAAAUGUGAUGUGUUGAAUCGUGGGCUCUCUGGCUACAACACCAGAUGGGCAAAAAUUGUUCUUCCGAGACUGAUUCAUAAAGACUCCAGUGUGGAGAACACUGUGGCAGUCACAGUCUUUUUUGGAGCGAAUGACAGUGCUUUGAAAGAUGUGAAUCCUAAGCAACAUGUCCCACUUGAUGAGUAUGCUGACAAUUUGAAGAGUAUGAUACAGUACCUAAAGUCUGUGGACAUUGCAGAGGAUACAAUUAUUUUGGUGACACCCCCACCCCUUCAAGAAACAGCCUGGGAAAAAGAGUGCAUUGCCAAAGGUGAGAAAUUAAAUCGUCUCAACACCACUACCGGGGAGUAUGCCAAGGCAUGUGUUAAAAUAGCCAGAGACUGUGGCACUGAGGUUGUUGAUCUGUGGACGCUCAUGCAAGCAAACAAUCAGGACUUCAGCCGUUACCUAUCAGAUGGACUUCAUUUAUCUGGGGAAGGAAAUAAUUUUCUGGCCAACCAGCUUUGGUCUGUCCUGGAACGAAGGACGCUGGCACUCCCUCUGCAGCUGCCGUACUGGCGUGAUGUUGACCAUCUGCAUCCUGAAGCCAGUCUCCUAGGGAGUCUGCACAAGUAAUCAGAGGGACAAAACUUUAGCGUCUUGACAAGACAACCUCAGUGUGUUUGUAUAUCUGCAAAAUAAAAAUGUUUUACUUCGCAAA